AUGUCAGGGUCAACGUCAGAUUUAGACUCACCCGGGACUCAGUUGAAAAAUGUGACCAAAGUCACCACAUUUAUACUGAUGGGCUUCACAGAUGACUUUGAGGUGCAAGUCUUCUUAUUUUUACUAUUUCUAGCAAUCUAUCUUUUUACUCUGAUAGGAAAUAUGGGAAUGGUUAUUUUAGUCAUUGGGGAUUCCCGCCUUCACAACCCGAUGUACUAUUUUUUAAGUGUGUUAUCAUUCCUGGAUGCCUGCUAUUCUUCAGUUAUCACUCCAAAAAUGUUGGUCAAUUUCUUAUCAGAGAAUAAAUCCAUUUCAUUCCUUGGAUGUGCAGCACAAAUGUUUCUCUUUAUUACUUUUGGAACCACGGAAUGCUUUAUCUUGGCAGCAAUGGCAUAUGAUCGCUAUGUGGCAAUCUACAACCCUCUCCUGUAUUCAGUGAGCAUGUCACCCAGAGUCUAUGUGCCACUCAUCAUUUUCUGCUAUGUUGGUGGCAUCCUGCAUGGUAUUUUGCACACAGUGGCCACAUUUAGCCUCUCCUUCUGUGCAUCCAAUGAAAUCAGACAUGUCUUCUGUGACAUCCCUCCUCUCCUCGCUCUUUCUUGCUCUGACACUCACAUAAACCAGCUUUUAGUCUUCUACUUUGCAGGCUCUAUUGAGAUAUCCACUAUCCUGAUAGUCCUGAUCUCUUAUGGUUUCAUUCUGGUGGCCAUUCUGAGGAUGCAUUCUGCUGAAGGGAGGCGAAAAGUCUUUUCUACGUGUGGCUCUCACUUAACUGGAGUGUCCAUUUUUCAUGGAACAGUUCUCUUCAUGUAUGUGAGACCAAAUUCCAGCUACGCUUUGGACCAGGACAUGGUAGUGUCCGUUUUUUACACCAUUGUGAUUCCGAUGCUGAAUCCCAUCAUCUAUAGUUUGAGGAACAAAGAUGUAAAAGAGGCAAUGAAAAGAGUGUUUGGGAAAAAUUGGUUUGUUGAUAAAGUGCACUUUUCACAAUAA